AAAUCCCUCUUUAGUAUAUAAUAUGUUGCUUGUAGACUAUUCGACUCUUUUCUAAUUCAUUUAUCUCUUUCUUUGUUGCUAUUUGUAUUUCUACCAUAUUCGUAUCUUUUCGUAUUCGUGACUAAUUUCAAAUGUGAACAACCAGAAAGCAUGAAUCAUACGAUAGAUUCGUAGUCAAGAACACUGCAAAAGACGAAAUAAAAGGUUAUAGAAAAUAACGUGCUUGCUUUGUUAGUGAAUAAAUAUAUUCAAUAGUAUUAUUAUGGAUGGCUAUUGUUUAUUUUAUGUUUAAAUUCUAUUCAUGUAGCAUCACACCAUGGGUCAUCGUCUCGUGACAACUAUUACGCUAUGUUUAUCUGCAUUUUUCCCGAAUAAAAAAUACAUUGUAGAGAUGUUUUACUUCAAUAACUAUUGUAGAUAUGUACUCGAGGCAACUGAAUAUAUUCCUUUAUAUGUAUCUAUAAACGUAAAUAACGUGACUUAUUCUUAAUAAAAACGGAGAACAAUAGAAUGCAAUGAUCACCAGUUACCAAUUAUGUAUAUUCUGAUUUUGUUGAUCACAGUGUAUAGAGACCAGUCAUGCAUGAGCAAAAAAAUUCGAAAAAUAAAACGUUCGUAAAAAUGUUCGUAUCAUCAUAAUUCGCAAAAUACAAUAACUCUUAAUAAGGUAAAGUAACAUCGACUCUUUUUACUACGAAACUACCGAAAAGCUGAAAUAUGUGACACUGUAACAAGACUUAUAUAAAAAAGAGUUGUUUUUUCUAUGUUUCGAAAGUAAAUCUCCACCUGUGUGUAGGCAUCAUUAGUGCUAAAACAUAAAUUCUUACAUAACACAUAUGGCAUGAUCUAAACACUUCAUUGUGACUUGAAGUUCUACAAUCACUCAAUUAAACAAUAUUUAUAUCAUAAGCUAAAAUGAAACAUUUUGUUUAGUAUAAAAAUGAUAAGAGAAAAGUUUUUUAUCGAUUGUUAGCACUCACAUGUCAUACUAAAUUUUAUAACACAGUAAGAAGUUUCCAACUGUAUCAUUUCAACUAUCGGUAUUCGCUGGAAUCAACAUCAAUAAGCGUUCAACAAAUCAUCCUUCAUGACAUACAAGUUAUCUGAUAACUUCAUCCAGAGUAUUUUCUCAAGUAGUUCGUAUCAGCGUUUUUCUGUUUUCUUUCUAGUUUUAAUCUUUGACUCAAUAUGACUUCUUUUAUCAAUAAAAUACUCGGUAAAGAAGAUAAAGCUGAACAUGAAUCUCACGCCACCCAUGAAUCCCAUAAACAUGGAGGAUCAACAUCAUCAACCACUACAGUAGACAGUCGCACAUCAGGUCCACAGUCGCCUACUGGUGCAGUACAUACAGCGGCGAGUGAUGAUGUUCGUGUUCGUUCAUCGGUUACAUCAGAUACGCAAUCAAAAGUUGCUAUGGAAAAUACGACAAGAAUCAAUGAAUUACUGCAAAAACUUGGUACAACACAUACACAAGUUGAUGAUUAUUCAAAACAACGUACAGAUAAGAUUAAUCAGGCUGUUAACGCAUCAAUCCAGAAAGUGGUCGCGGAUACCCGGACACAACAAGAACAACUGUUACAAGAUGCUAAUGUUCGCACAAAAGCAUUUGAAGAAGAAUAUAAAGUGAAAUUAGAAGCAUUCCUUGACGAACUAAAUGUACAAAAAGCAAAAGAACUGGCUGAUAUGGAACGAGAACUCAAUGCUCGUCAACAAGGGAUAUUGGAUCAAGCUAGACAACGUAUCGAUCAGUUGAAUUCACAAGCCAAUGAUGCGAAAUUGAACGUAAUGAAAGAGGCACAGGCUCAAAUUAAUGCUCAAGUGGAAGGCAUUACAGAUCAAGUUCAACACUUAGGUGCUGAAGAUGCAGCUCGUCAUUUACAAUCAACAACAACAACGGUUAUUACAUCACAAGCGA